CCGCCACGAGAAGGAUUUCGUGCUUCUUCUUAAGCUUUCUUUUCAAUUGAAACUCCUGAUACAGCGAUCAUGCUUUACCAAUUUUCAACCUUACAGCUAGCUAUAUUGCUUUGCUCUUCUGCAUAUGCAUCACCAACUGCUGUGAGAAACGAAGCGAACGGUGUCAGUCUCGCCAAACGAGCUACUUGUACUCCUGCAUCUGCUGGAAAUUCAGGAAUUGAUGACGUUCCAGCCAUCACUGCAGCAAUCAAAUCAUGUGGAAAAGGUGGCGUCAUCCAAUUUCCAGCCGGUGUCCAAUAUUCAAUCAAUAGCGUCCUCGACUUUACUGGAUGUGCUGGAUGUACAUUCAAUAUCGAAGGUACACUGAAGGCAUCUGAGGAUCUAAACUUUUGGGAAGGUAAAAGAGCGAUAUUUUACAUGAAUGGCAUCAACACCGCAACGAUCCAAUCCGUCACUGGAACAGGAGUGAUAGAUGGAAAUGGACAAGGAGCAUACGACUAUUUUGCCAAAAACACAUCAUAUGCUCGCCCAACAUUGCAUUACAUAACCGGCGCAUCUUCUCACAUCACCAUCAAGAACCUCCAAGUCAAGAACCCGCCAAAUGUCUUCUUUAGUGUUACUGGAGGUUCGACAAAUGUCGCAUACUCCCAAUUGACAAUGACAGCAGCUUCCAAAUCAACAGCACCAGCAAAAAAUACCGAUGGAUUCGAUGUUGGUGACUCGACCCAUGUUACCUUGAACCAUAUCACAGUCUCGAAUGACGAUGACUGCAUAGCUUUCAAGCCUGGUGCGGACUAUGUCACAGUCGAUACAAUUACCUGUACUGGAUCUCACGGAAUCUCAGUCGGUUCUCUUGGAAGCAAGGCAGGUACAACUGAUUCAGUAACGAACGUUUAUGUCACUGGAGCAACAAUGGUCAACUCCAGCAAAGCCGUUGGAAUCAAAUUAUACCCCGGAGGAAGUAAACAUGGAACUGCGGUUGUCCGCAACGUAACAUUCAAUGAUGUUACUGUGCAAAACAGCGAUUGGGCAGCUCAGAUUCAAAGUUGCUAUGGUGAAGAUGCAAGCUACUGCGCGAGUAAUCCCAGUACGGCAUCUGUGACGGACGUACAUUUUACGAACUUCAAAGGAAAGACUAGCUCGAAAAAUUCGCCGGACGUUGCCAAUCUUGAUUGUCCAAAGAGCGGAACUUGUGACAUCAAUUUCUCGUCUUGGACAGUUGCUCCCACGUCAGGAUCUGCUACUUUCCUUUGCGCGAACGUGGAUACUUCGAAGGGUCUUACUUGUACUUCCGGUGCGUCAGGAUAAGUGAUAGAUUGUGGUUUCAGAGGUUAGAGGGUUCGUUGUCAUACUUUGAUGGGGACUCACAAAUCAUGGAUCGACUGUGGAAUCCGUCUCUCCUCUCCUAAGUCAUCUUUUGAGAAAUCUCGGAAAGAAAUCAGCUAGGUUAUCAUUUUAGUAUCGCACUUAGCUUGUAUAUAUUGUCUUCAUCUCCGUCCCAUUAUGGACUUGGGGAAUUGGUAUCGUUGUAAUUAUAAAUACAGAGUAUAUAUUUUUGAAUUGAGUCUGGUAUUCUAUGAAUACGAAAUUUCAUGUUGCGCUA